AAACGAAACAAUGGGAUAGAAUUUUUCGCGUUUUAGCUACUACUUCUCGUCGCUUUAGUGCGAAAAUUGUAAUUUCGUUCAAUUUCAAAUUUGUUAUACCUAUAUUCGUGUUCUCGAACAAUAUGUCCAAUGAAUAUCCAAUAGAAGUCAGACAACAAUAAAGAUAAAAUGUGCAGAAUUUUAACAAAAAAAAAAUCGGCAAUGGUGCUCACGUAAAACGAUUUUGAACAAUAAUACAUAAUAACAAAUUUUCUAUGUGACCUAUGUAUGCUAUUUAGGUCAAUUUUAACAAUUGUACAGAAAAGUUAAUAACAUCUGGGAAAUUUUGAUUAUUUUUCGUAAUUUGUACGUGAAUUCAAUUAAAUUGAUUGUUUUUUUCGUGGUGAAUUCAGAUAAAAUGUAUGAAGUACUAUAUAAAUUGAUGCCAAUUUUGUUAUUGCUUACAUCGAUUGCAAAUUGUGACCCCCCUACCGUAAGACAAACGACCAAUGGACCAGUCGAAGGCACAGAACAAACGAGCUUUUUCGGCAAAAAGUAUUAUUCAUUUCGAGGAAUUCCAUAUGCCGAGGUUCCAAUAACUGGGAAUGAUCCGUAUACUGGCGAAACGGUUGACCGAAGAUUCAAGUCACCUCAACCACUCGUGCGACAAUGGACUGAACCCCUAAAGGUGCAAAACUUCGGAGAUGGAUGCAUCGCUUCAUCGGGUUGGAUACCAGCAACGGGAAACACAAGCGAAAAUUGUCUGUUUGUUAACAUUUAUGUUCCAGCCGGUGGCGUAGAGAAGAAAACUGUUCUGAUAUUUAUUCACGGUGGUGGUUUUACUGAGGGAACAUCGAACGAUUUCCUUUACGGGCCAGACUUCCUCAUUGAUGCGGACAAUAUUUUGGUGACAUUAAAUUAUCGCGUGGGCGUUUUUGGCUUUAUGAAUCUUGGUUUUGGAGAAUAUACCGGCAACAUGGGUUUGAAAGACCAGCAAUUGGCUUUGAAAUGGAUUUAUGAGAAUAUUGAACAUUUCUCGGGGAAUCAGAAUGAGAUCAUGUUAUUCGGAGAGAGUGCGGGCGGGGCUUCUGUAAAUUACCAUAUGCUUAAUGAAGAGUCACGAAAGUAUUUCAACAGGGCGUUCGCUCUCAGCAGCUCUUCCCUGAACAAUUACGUCUUAUACGAACCAAAUCACUUAGAGAGAAUGCAGAAAAUCUCAAAUAUCCAAGACAAACUGCAGUUGGUCGAGUAUUUGAAGACGGCAGACAGCACAGAACUUGCUAAAAUACUAAGAACCAACGAUUUGGGACAGAUUUUACUUCAAGCAGCAUGGGUUCCAACCAUCGAAAGUCCUGAAACCAAAGGGGCAUUCAUAACUAAAUCGCCUGAUGAAAUCUACAAAUCAGAUGCGGCACCAGUCAUGGAUACUAUGUUCAGCAUCGUUUCUCAGGAAUACGUAACAUUCAAUCCAGGUUUAACUAAAAGCACUGAACCGCUUCUUAGCAAAGAUUGGAAAAAUUCGAAGAUGUUGUUGCCAUUCCACGGAUUUGAUAAAGAUACUUAUCCAGAGGAAUACAAGCAUGCGAUCGAUCUUCUAAAAGACGCCUAUUUCGAUGACACAACCAAUGCUGAUGCAAUUAAACGUGGAAAUAUUGCUUUACUCUCAGAUUCAAACUUUGGGUAUGGAAUUCUCAAAGCUGCCCGGUAUCAAGUAAUAGCAAACAACAAAGGAACACCAAAAAAUACGUUUCUACUGAGAUUUUCCGUAAACGCCGACAUCAAUGCAUUCAAGAUCCUGUUUCACUUGAAUAUUGAUGGAGCAGCUCAUGGGGAGGAACUUUGUUAUAUGUUCCGUUGCGGUUUGUUCGACAGUUACAAAUUAUACGAAAACGCAUUACAAGCCAGAGACAAUUCCAAUGUGAAUUAUAGGACAAUUAGGCGUAUGGUCGAUAUAAUCACUAAUUUUGCUCGAACUGGCAAUCCAUCGGUUGAAGGAGAUACUCCGUUCAUGUCAUCGACAUCGCCGGACAAAAUUCUCGGCCAAGACAUCACAAACGAUCCAAACAGCAGCUUGGUAACAAACAUAAUGGAUCAACUACACUUCAACACAUGGAAGCAGAUUGCUGACUCCUAUAAAAGAUUGAAAAUUAAUGACAACUUGUAGUGCUUACUACUCUAUCACUAUCACGUUCACAAAAGAGAAGAUAAUAAAAUCACUUUGAAGCAAAAUAAUA